AUGUCAAAUAUUCCAUCUUCCUCUUCUGCUCCUUCUACUUCAUCCUCACAGGGUCCAGCCUCUUCUACACAGGCCCCCCCAUCAGGUUCAGCCGCUGCAGGACAGCAAGCUACAUCUUCAACAACAACAACAACCACAACAACUUCUUCUUCUUCUUCUUCCUCCUCUUCUUCUAUAGCUUCUAAUGCUACUGCUGUCUCAGACUUGGGAUCUUCCUCAACGGCUUCCGUCGUUGUCAUCGGAGGCCCAACAACCACCUCAGGUCCUGUUCCUACUGCUGCCACCCCACAGACUGCUGGAGAUUCUAGAAGAAUCAGUUUGGCUUCUCUUUCAUCCGUCUACACAAAUGCAAGCUCAAUCUCCACAAAUUCAUCAUCAUCAUCAUCAUCUUCUUCUUCUUCUUCUUCUUCUUCAAACUUAGCACCAUCAAUGGAGCGUCUUGUUUAUCCACAGAUGAUGCCUUCCUAUGCUAAUCCUUCUUCCACGUCUGUGGCAUCUUCAGCUACUCUGAUUGAACUAUCACAUUCAAAUUCUUCCAUUUCUUCCAUUCAUCAUCACUUCCCCACAGCUCCUUCUAUAUAUGGUUCUCCAAAGUUUUCAGCAGAUGAUGAAACAACUCACUUAAACUCAAAUCUUUUACAACAGCAACAAAAUAGACAGGAGUCACAGCAACAGCAACAACAACAGCAAACUCCUACCUUUGAGACUCCUGUGUCUUCUCCACAACCUUUUUCAAAUUUGGAAUCUACUUCAGUCACUCCUACAGCUACAAUGAUGAGAUUAACACCUCCAUCAUCUCUUAGACCAUCUAUCCCUAAUCAAAAACCAAACCAAUAUCAAUACCCUUCACCUAUUUACUUUUCUCGGGCUUCCACUCCUUCUCCUAUGCAGCCCUCAUCUCAUCAUCAAUCACAUAAACUUAACAAAAAAACAGUAGGCCAUCACAACCAUUUCCGCAACAACCUUAACGCAUUUAGAUCACGCCGUCAUAUUAAUAACAAAAAGAAGGGUUCUCUUAUUUACUCUUCUCCUAAACCUCAUUUAGACUCUCAAAGCCCUGUUGCUGUUGUUGUUACACCCCUUACUAAUGACACAAACCUUAACCAGCAUAAUCAUAAUCAUAAUAAUAAUAAUGAUAAUGAUAAUAAUAAUAAUAAUAAUAAUAAUAAUAAUAAUAAUAAUAAUAAUAAUAAUAAUAAUAAUAAUAAUAAUAAUGAUAACACUCGUUCUACUACAGAUAUUACUACUACCACCACAAUUAAUAAUUCUAAUACUAAUCAUGCCUCUUCAACAAUUAAUACCCCUGUUGCAUUAUUCCCUAACUUUACUGCUCCUCAAAUUACUGCAUCUUCCUCGUUGGCCGGGCCCAUGGAAAUCUCUGCUAUUACUACCAAUACUACUACUUCUGCUUCCUCCUCUGUCACAUCCUCUCCUUCCUCCUCUAAUCUUUCCAUAACAUCUUCUGGAACUGCCACCCCUACUGCUCCACAACAAUUACUUUACGACUUGCACAAUAUUCCAGUAGAAAUGCUUCCUCCAGUUAAUAUCAAUUCUCUCCGUGAGAUUGAGCUUCAGGAAAUUAUCAAAAACCCUCAACUUAGACAUGACAUUGUCUUUGACCCCCAGCUUCAAUUUCGUCCCAAUCUCGACGGUGAACGUGGAAAGCGCAAAAAGGCUUCUACGGAAUAUUAUUGGAACUCAGUCGUUGCUGAGUGCGAGUCACUUGCCGUUGCAUCAUCUCCAGAAGAAGUUUCAGUUAUUGUCAACAGCCCCCAGUGCAAACUGCCAUAUCUUUUCAUUACACUUCGUGAUAUUCUCAACUCUCUUCUUCCAGCACAUGACCACCAAACUGUCGAUGAGGUUCUUGACCUCGAGCUUUUAAUGCAGCAGCUCCGCAAAAGUACUCUCGACUUUUCUGCUCUCGCAAACUGGCUGGCAGGAAUCUUUAAAGCACAUUGCGCCCCCAUGCGCGACUAUUGGGUCGACCAAAUGGUGGCCCGUGUCGAGCAAGGUGUUGAAAACAGAUCCCCCCGUCGCAUUGUCGAGGGUUUACGCAUGAUGUUUGCUAUCCUGGAGGCCAUGAAACUUGACGUUGCUAACCAUCAGAUUCGUACCCUUCGAUCGGUUAUGGUGGAAAGCGCUAUUGAUUUUGAGCAGGAUUACUAUACUCAAAUGGUUGAGAAGAACAAGUUUGACUUGCAAGACUCAUUACAAUGGUACACUAACAAUCUCAACAAGUACCUGAGCUCAAAGGCUCGCCUAGCAUCACCGGCUUCUGAUGGCAUUCUACGACGAUCACCGGAAACUUAUCGCUCGGCAUUUGUCUAUGGCACUACGAUGCUCAUGUCUUGUGCCUCUGACGAAGCUGUGACUGAAUUCCCCUCAACGUUUGGGUUUGAUUUCGCACGACUGGCUGGAUUCCGCGCAGAGGUACGUCAAAUUGUGUGUCUUCAUUUGAGCAUAUCUCUGUUUCGUGAGCUGUUAAUGUUGCAGCUUAACAAAAAGCAGGGUCUUACCAAUAUGAUGCGUCGCCGGAUGUUUAAUCAAGCCACUACUGUUGGCGAGGUUGACAAGAUGAAGCAACAAGUCUUGGCGAUUGUUACAGACUCGUACGGCAAUGCCAAGUGGACUAAAAACACUUCGAUUUUGGCCCUUGAGAUUGCCCGUUGCGUCGAAGUGGCCUGCACUCAGUCUACUGCUGAACGGGCUGCUCUGGCCACCAUGAUUCCUCCUGAAGAUGUCAUUGAUAUGGCAAGCAACUGGCUGUUUAAGCAUCUACAGCCCAAGUCAAUGGUGUACAAGCUGGUAGAGACCAAGGUUAUCAAUGCACUUGUUGAGGUUUGCUCCAAGUCGAUGAGUACCUUUUCGACUCUGGACCAGGUCCCAUCAUUGACCAAUCCAGAACUGUUUAUUGUUCGACCUGGUGGAGGUUCAGCUGCUUCAACUAUACCUCAAGGAAACAUCAAUGCACCAGCAUCAAUGUCGCCUGAGGUUUGUGGCCGCAAGGAGAUUUUGGAGAUGGGCUCCAAGGCACUAGUGUUGCUGCACUUUCACUGGGGCGUUUUUUCCAAGUUUUACGUGCACUAUGCAUCAUUGGGUGAAAAUGAUGAUUUACGGUCGCAGUACUCGUCAAGCUCACUUUCAGAAGACAGUAGCAGUGGUGGAGACGUGCCGCGCACCAAGCACAACAAUGCCAACGCGUCAGCUGUGCUGGCAAACAAAAAGUCUGCAGACAAUGAAAUCACGCAGUCUUUAUGA